CUUUGGGCCAUUUUCUCACCUGCAAAGGCGGGUCCAAAAACCACAUGGCAGCCAGCUAGUGUAGAUAUGUCCCAUAAACCUCUGACUCUCGUCCACAUUCAACCAAAACUCCCCUUCUGUAAAACCCCUUCGACCUCAAAUCUUCCACUUUCAGGGGCUCUCUUUGAGGGGUUUUCGAAUUGGAAUUUGUUUCCAAAACACUAAAAAGAUUAAAAGAAAAUAAAUUCUAAGAAAAAGGCAACAAAAAACGCAAUGGCUAAUUCAAACCCUCGAAGCGAUUUGCGUUGCCAUCACUGCGCUGGACCUCUUUCCAAAGAGAUGGAAACAAGUGAGUGGACUGUUGCUCCCCUUGUCAGGGAUAGCUUUUCUAUGAUUGGCUCUGCUGUUGGUGGCACUACGAGCGCUUUCUACGGGUUCAACCAUGUGAUGCCAAUGGUCAGGAGGUGGGUAAAGGGACCCAUGUGGGUGCAUUUCCUCAUUGGUGCACCACCUGUGAUAGUGUUCUCUUCUGCUUGUGCAGGGUUGGCCGGCGGUGCUGUUCCAGCUCUUGCGCAACUUGCUUCUACCUCAUACCAUGCUGCAUCGUCGUCUUCUUCGUUACCUCCAUCUUCACAGGAAGAUAAGAUGCAUAAGUCCAGGACUUCCUCCACUUUGUAAUUACACAUAUAGCAUCUAUUAACAUGUAUAUUGCAUUUCAGAGAGGGAGAUAAAGGUUUGCCUGUGAAGAAGCCCAUACGUUGAAACGUUGUAAUGUUUCAAGACACAAGAUUUCCUCUUCUGGGUCAUUUUGUAAUGUAGGUUUAUGUUGAUAUUUAAUCAUUUUCUGCUAUGAAUACCAUGUGUUAUAUAAUAAAAUAGU